GGCACACCUCAGGGCUCCAGAGUCGGGGUAGUGGACGGGGGGACUGCAGUGUUGUUGGGUGGGGGUCUGGCUGAGAAAAUGAAGUCCACUCUCACAGUUCUGGCUCUGAUUCUGUCUUCAGCUGCUAUCGCAACUUCAAGAACACGAUUCACUCGAUAUCGCUCAUGGAAUUCCCGGAUGUACCCAGUAUGGAGAGAUGGUGAUCCCAGAUAUAGAGACUGCUGGAAAGGUGGAGAAGUAACGUUUGAUAUCAGGAACGAUGCUCCGACGCUGACAGGAUCCAGAACAACUUUCAACAUUGAUGUUCGGCCUCCACAGAACCAGACCGUGCUGCCGGACGGUCAGGUGGUGUGGGCCAGGAACUGCACUGUUAACGGGACACAGUACACUGAGGGUCAGCCUGUUUACCCAGAAUUCAACACUACACAGGAAUGGACAGGGGUGUUCCCUGAUGGCACUCCUUUCACCACCAUGUCCCCCAGAAAACCGCGCUACAUCUUUGUCUGGAAGACCUGGGGCCGUUAUUGGCAGGUGGCUGAUGGACCCGCAUCUUCUCUCAGUAUUGGCACAGAUAAUGUGCCCCUGGGCUCCUACAGCAUGGAGGUGGUGAUCUACCACUGUAGAGGAAAAGACAAGUUCAUACCUCUCGGAUAUGCGUCCACACAGUUUUCCAUCACAGAUCAGAUCCCCUUUUCCGUGUCUUUGUCCCAGAUUGGCGAUGUCAACCAGGCCGAUCAGAACUUCAUCCAGAACCGGCCGGUGUUAUUUAGUGUCAGCCUCCACGACCCCAGCCAGUACCUCAGCGGCUCUGACAUCACCUUCAACUGGGACUUCGGAGACAACAGCGGGACACUCAUCUCUCGGGAGCCCUCUGUCGCCCACACUUACCUGUCCACCGGCUCUUUCCGGCCUCAGGUGGUUUUGACCGCUUCCAUCCCGAACGGCUGUGACCCGAACCCAACUCUACCGCCUGCACCUGCUGUUGCAACCACAGGAGCUCCAGUUGUUGAUCCAUCUGCUGGCCCAGCUGAAGCAAUGGCAGUAGACCCACCAGUUCUUUCCCCCACAGAACAGGCUGAUAUAGCUCUGGCGGUUCCUGGCUCAGAGGCUUCACCUGCUGCAGAGGAAGGAGUGGCUGCUUCUGUUGCUCCAGAGGCAGGUACGGACUUGGCAGUGGUGCCAGCUGAAGCAGAAGCUGAAGCAGAUGCAGCCGUUGUUGCUGAAGAUCCAGCCAUCGAGGAUGCUACUGAUGCUGCCACUGGAGAAGCUACAGCUACAGCUGCCACUGUGGAUGCGGAACUGGCAGCAGAUGGUGUUGUUGUGAUUGAUGCUGCUGCCUCUGUUGCUCCCGCUGUACAAGCUGAAGAGGGCACCGUCCUUCCAGAAGCUCCAGCCGUGGACACGGAUGCAGUCGCUGCAGAUGCUGCAGUUGCGGUAGACGCUGAGGCUGCAGCUGCCGCAGAGGUUCCCGCAGAUGCUGAGGCUGCCGCAGAGGUUCCCGCAGAUGCUGAGGCUGCAGCUGCCGCAGAGGUUCCUGCAGAUGCUGAAGUUCCAGCCGAUGCUGAGGUUGCAGCUGCCGUUGAGGCUCCAGUUACUGCUGAGGUUCCAGCAGCUGCUGAGGCAGGCACUGUAGCUCCUGCUGCUGAUGUUGUUAUUACCGUUGUUGCCACAAAUGCUCCAGUCGUUGAAGUGUUGCCAUCAGUGGUGCCAGCAGUGGAGGGUGAGGUUGUGGAGACUGUGGAGGCCGCUGUUGCUGAAGUAGCAAAUACAGAGGCUGCUGCAAAUGAUGCUACUGCAGCUGCAGCUGCACCCACUGUUGCUCCAGCAGUACAGAACGAAGUAGUAGCUGAAGUGGAGGCCGGAACCGAGGCAGCGCAGGUCGCUCUGGUCAUUGCUAAACGACAGGCUCCAGAAAUGCCAGCAGAGGGAAACUGUAUGAUCUACCGCUACGGCUCUUUCUCCACCACGCUGGAUGUUGUUCAGGGAAUUGAGAGUGUGGAGAUUGUGGAAGUAAAUAAUGUUGCUGUUUUGGCUGCGGAGGUGGAGCAGAACGCUGUAGAUCUUACCAUCACCUGCCAGGGCAGUCUGCCCAACGAGGUGUGCACCGUGAUCUCGGAUGCGGACUGUGCCAGCCCAGUACAGACAGUGUGUAACACUGUAACUCCAACCAACGAGUGUCAGAUGAUCCUCCGCCAGUUCUUUAACGACUCAGGAACCUUCUGCAUUAAUGUUUCUCUCACUAAUGAUGUCAGUUUUGCUGUUACCAGUGCAAGAGUCAGCGUGACUGUAGAUUCCGGUUCCACUGCUGGAGGUACAGCUACAGCUAUACUCGGUGUGCUCGUCCUUGUCUGUGUUGUAGGUGGCAUUGCAUUGGCGUACAGGCGAUUUAAACCGUACCAGACUCUGAGGGAAGACUCGGACAGCAGUUCAGAGAGCUCUGGCUGGACCUCGGUGCCGAUGCUCCUGUGGAACAUUCUGAGCCGGCAGUCAAGUGGCGAGAGCCGUCCGCUGCUUCAGGGAAGAGUGGUGUAAACAUCACUGCCUUAAACACACUUUCAUAAAUUAUGGCUAGUACAAAUACCGCAUAUGAGGAACCAACGUCACAGUGAGGACCUUCCCAUUACAGUCAGUACCACACUGUGUUAGAACAUUCCUACAGAAAUAGAUAAAUAAUACAUUAAAGCUAUUCAUGUUGCUGAGCAGGGCUACCAAAAACAUUCAGACACAUUUAGAGAACAUUCCAGAACCAAACACAUACAGAAUUGUAUAGAAAACACAUCAAUAAUGUCAUUUAAUGUCAUUUUCUUUUUAAUAUAUUGAUACUGACUUGAAAUAAAUAAAUAAAUGAAACUUUCUGUGUUGCUGUACCACCUUAAACUGAUGAUAUACAGCUUGUUUUACAUUUUGUUUUAGAUAAAUAAGUUAUUAACUGACGCAGAUCAUGUACUGUAGAAUUAACACACUCUGUGUUCGCUGAUUCUGAUAUAGAUGAUAUAAUAUCUGUCAAAAAUCAUUGUUUUUGUGCUUUAUGUCUCUGGAUGACUUUUCACUGAAAGCUUAUCAUCAAAUAAAUAUUUAAAAAAGA